AUGGCUGCGAAGGAGAAGCUAACGUUGGACAGAGUGUUCACUUUCCUGAAGGCGUACCUGACGAUAGUCUGCUGCUGGCCGCUUCCGAAGAACGCGACCAAGUGUCAGAGGCUACUUCGCUGGGUCAUCCGGUGUUUUUUCAUCGCGAACACGACGUUGUACACCGCCGCAGCGGCAUGGACAUUCUGCGAGUAUAGCGACGACUCGCUUCUGGUGAUGAAACUGGGCUGCCAAAUGAGCGCCGUCCUGCAAAUCCCGCUGCAGAUUAUAUUCUUCGCCGCUCAGGACGAACGUCUGCAACUCAUCGUUUUGGAAAUGGAGGAUUAUAAUCGGCGAGCUGAAAAGUACGAGAAGGACAUCUUCCGACAAUACAUCGACAGAUGUAAACCGUUCUACAGUAUGAUUCUUAGUUUGCUGGUGGUGACAGCAGCCAGCGUAGCCACCGGGCCUUUAUUUCUACCGCAACCAUUCCCGGGCGAUCCGAAAUAUCCGUUCAAUGCGUUGCGACAGCCACUGAGGACCAUCAUCUACGCUCAUCAUAUAGUGAUCACUUAUCAAAGUAUGAUACAGGUUAGCGCCAACACCUUUCCAGCUCUCUUGCUUUGGUUCGUAGCCGCUAGAUUCGACAUCUUGUCCAUGCAUUUCUGCAUGGUGACGAAUGUGAAGGAACUGAUAAGAUGCACGCAUGAGCAUUACAAGUUGCUCAGGUACGCGAAGGAAGUGACUCUCGCGAUUCGUUACGUAGCACUGUUGUGCGUAACAUUCAGUACCGGCGCUGUGUUAUUCGGUUGUCUCACUUUCAUGAGCCGUCAUCCGUUGUCGGUGAAGGCUCCAUUCCUCAUGAUAGCCUUGAGCGGUUUUAUGGAGCUUUACAUGUACGCUUGGCCAGCCGAUAACGUAAUGAGCACGAGCGGCGACGUCGCGUUGGCCGCUUACAGUUCCUUGUGGUACAAUAAUGACACGGCUGCGCAAAAAAAUCUGAUAUAUGUUAUAUUGAGAAGUCAACGUCCGGUCACCAUCUCGAUCCCGUGCGUGUUGCCGAAUUUGUCGAUGAAUUAUUACACAUCGUACAUCUCGACUAUCUUUUCGUGCAUGACACUCGUCCGUAUCAUGAUGGGUAACGAAUAA